CACAAAAACCUUUUAGAAAAUCAAGGUGCAUGUGACAUCACGAAGAGACAGAAAGAGGAAUUUCCCAAGUGGUUCAAAGAACAUAUGAACCAUUUACGAGCUCAAGGAUUACCAGAAGCAACUGAUGAAUUGUGGUCAUUAGCAAAUGGUCCUAGUAGCAUAGUUAAUUUGUAUUCAGCUUGCAUUUCCAAUGGUGUUCGAUUUCAUAGUAAGGAUCGUGACAAUCGUCGUAAAAGCCAAAAUAGUGGGUUGGUUGUGGAAGGGGAGCAUGAGGGACAAACAAUUGACUUUUAUGGGUACUUGAACAGAGUGUGGGAGAUGCAUUAUAUACUUGGACAUCGAGUUGUUUUAUUCCAAUGCGAAUGGUUCAACACCGGUAGCAACAGAACAUUACACACUGAUGCACAUUUCACAAGUAUUGAUGUCAAAGGUCGAUGGUAUAAAGAUGAUCCAUUUGUCUUACCAAGUCAUGUGAAGCAAGUUUUCUACGUUGAUGAUACAAAGUUAGGUGGACAUUGGAAAGUCGUAGAAAGGCUACAACAUCGAGGAAUGUGGGAUGUACCAGAACAGGAUGACGUUGAACCUGAUAAUGUAUUCCAACAAAAUGAAACAACUGAUGUUGUCCCAAUUAGCGUUGCAGACCCUGUCACAAUCUUACUUCAUAGGAAUGACAUUGAUCCUCAGAUUAUCCCAAGUGAGGUGGUUUUAGAAUCAGUUAGUCGAGCACAUGACGAUGGUGUUGAUGAUGAAGAGACAUGCGAUAACGAAGAUCAUUACUAAGAGCAUUGUCACUAUCCGAGAAGAUGAGCUAUAUAGCCAUUAUGAUUGUAAUAUAGAUUUUGACAUGGAACUUUAAAUUUUUAUGUUUUGUAUGACACUGUUGUUUAGGUGCCGUUCUUGUCUGAGUUUGAGCACAAUGAUUAUCCAAGAAUAUGUUUCAAUGUAUCUAUGUUUGUGUGUGUCCCUUUCUCUUUCUCUUUCUCCAUUUUUCUUUGUUUCUUAUGCCAUGUUAUUGUUUAGUUAUCACUUAUGUGCUGAUAUUGGUUCUAUUAUACAUCCAUUGAUGUUAAUGUAAAUGCUUAUUUUACAUAUGCUU